ACAGCUGGCGAUUUUAGUCUUUAUUGUUUUGUCAUCGACUUACAAUCAUGUGGCUAUAUUGCCUUAUUAGAUCUUCCUAACCUGUAGGUGUUAUUAUUAUUAUAUGUUUUGUAUGAAACAUGUUGUGCCUUUAACCAGCAGACGACAAAUGUAGGAUCCGUUUAGGGACAGAAACACAAAUUCAGGAGUUGAUAAUAAAGAAUCGUUUCACCGUCCAUAAAGAUGGAUAUGACAGUGAUAUAUAAGGACAGAUCAGGCACCACAAAACGACAGACUCGACUUCGUUUCUGGAGGCAUGAAGUCAUACCUGGACACGGAACAUUAUAACGCUUUAAAGCCCUACUUUUUUUCCCGGGGGACGGACGCCCUAGGUGCUUUGGGCAGGGGUGACGUGAAGCGCUUUCAGAUAAUAUAAUGUUAAAAUGCGCUACACAAAUACAAUUGAAUGCGCAUAAUACGGCAAUCUCGUCAUUCAGGGGAAUUUCGCGCUGAAAACGGAAGGUUUUAUGGAAGAUGGUUAAAUCAGGAAUCGGAACUUUGGGUCCAUAACGCAACACUUAAGCUUAAAUCGCGUAGCUGAAUAAAUUCUAGAAAAAUAAUAGCGUGUAAAAUGCACACGGAAAUGACCGCUAAAAUCAAGUAGCCCGUGUGAAUCAGUGUUAUUGUGUUUUAUUUGUGACUAUUGGCUGGGUGCCACCCCAUUGACUCCUCGAUCAAAGGCGUUUUACUAUCUGCGCACCGUGCCCGGGUACUGUACCCGUUUCACGGGUCUCUUGCAAACUGGUUUCGGUGCCGCUGGGACUUUCCCUCGACUCCUAGGGCAGUGAGAUAGCCUUUAAAUUGUGAACGUUUUUCAUCUUAUUUGACUUCUGUCAUUUUCUUAUAGGAAGUCAUGGCACCGCGAAAUUUAUACUAUACAUGCCAGAUGAUGCUCAUCGUCUUCGUGCCGCUAGCGGCGAAUACUGGAUCGUCAGACCCAGUUGUGGAGAUCCACGUGGAAGUGGGUGGUACAGCCAAGUUCACGUGCCCCAACAAUAGGAGGAGUGACCUUGAGUUCAUGUACUUGCAGAAGGAUGUCGGCACAACUUCUAUCUUUGUGAACGGUUUCCACGCUCAGAAACCGGUUGAAACCGCAUAUAAGAACCGUUCGGAUGUGUCAAGCGAAAACAGGCAUGUGAUUCUGCGGGACCUGAGUCCAGCCGACGAGGGUGUGUAUGACUGUAUAGUCAGGACCAAGAUUGACAGCCUUACAAGCAGGAUAAAGUACCGACUGACAAUAACAGCCAACUACAGCCAACCCCAGGUGAUGGAGAUCCACAAUGACAGCAGAUGCAUCAUUACAUGCUCCAGCUCUGGCGGCUACCCACUGGCCAAAAUGGUGAUGGUCCUCGUGCCCGAUCUAUACCAGCCCGUGAUGGACAAGCACAUUAGGGACCCAGACACCGAGCUCUUCAGCGUCUUCGGCUCCAUCACGCUGAACAUCUCCCAGCCGCUGAGUGUCACCUGCACCAUGGGAAACCGCAGUUCAGCGCCGCAGGAUGUCUGUCAGAGAAUCCCCCCGUCGCAGCCGGACAGCAUCAUCAUCGUCAUCGCAUGUGUGCUGGUUACCGUGCUUUUCAUCGUCGCCCUGGCAGUGGUGCUCCAGAGGAGGAGAUGUUCUUGCAGCAGGAGCCAAGCUGCGACGUAUUCAGCAGCCCAAAGGAGUGAGUAUCAGAGCCCUGGUUCUCUACAGAUGAGCUGAAUGAUGCGGCCAUCCUGAUGCGGACUAGCACCUCGGCCGUCUUGCGAGGGGGGGGGGGACGGGUCCUUGCACAGAAGACAUGUGGAUGCGUCCUGGUCUAAUGAUUCGGGGUCGUCGCUGACCCCGGCAUCUCGGCACCUGCUCCUGGUUCUUCUCAGGCAGCCAAAGCAGGACCUGCUGAUUCCAUCUCACACUGUUUCUGUAUGAAUAUGUAUAUGUCUGUAUAUUUUGAUAUACAUAUAUGUUUACUUGUGAGCAACUUGCCCAUGGGUGGACGUCCUGACAUGUGCCAUUCCAUAGCACUUUGUAUGGAAAUUCUGUUACCUCAGGCCAGAUGCUAUGUUAUUUUUUGUGUUAAAUUAACAGGGGGGUUGGGGAGGGCUGGUCUGAGGUGGUUGGCACUCUAAACGUCUUUCCAAAGCACCUCAGGGUAAUAUGUGUACGUUCAUAUGUAUCUGCCCAUCUUCCCACCCAGCACAGGCUUGGGAGUGGGGGGGGGGGGGGGGGGGGGCGCUUGCUAUCACAGGCAUGCAGUUAUGCAUGUAUAUGUGUAUUGAAAUGACCUUCAGAAGGUUGUUAUAAAGGGGUGCUGUGUGAGUGGGGGGGGUGGAGGUUUGUUCUCUCUGUACACGUGCAAUGGCUGCGUAGGUUACCAGUGUCUCCCGAAUGAGCCUUCUCUGAUUAUCCAGAUUAAGCCAUUCUGUUGAUCGUGCAGCGCCGCCUGCAGGGCGCUGUGACCCGCCGGGUCUCUGGGGAGACAGCAGCGCCACCUGCAGGGUCUCUGGGGAGACAGCAGCGCCGCGCUACGGUGAGCGCAUGCUGGCCUCAGUUCUCAAAGGUUUAGCUGAAUCAGCCGAGCCGGCCCUCUCAGCUUCCUACAAAGCAGGGCUUUAACCUUUGAAUGUACGUCAAAGAAGCAUUUUCCCAUAUAUGUCUGCUUCAUGAAGUUAAGUUGAACUCUAUGUUUUAAAUACUAUGAUUCAUCAUAUUUUUCUAACAAAAAAAAGAAAAAAAAAAGUUAAAUAUUUAUGCUGUUGUCCUGAGAUCUACAGUACAACUUUCCAUAUGAAAACCGUGUUUUUUCGCUAUUAAAGUUUAUAUUUAAUUUUAAAA